AUGCACCCGCCGUCUUACGCACAUCCCCAGGUAAUGCCUGGUCGUGGCGUGACCGCGGAGCCUUAUCAGCCCCGAGGUGACAGCCUGAACGCGAUGGAGGAUACGGAGGAGAGCACGUAUCUUUACGUCGACUCGACUCAUCGUCAGGAAACCGCCGUAGCGCCAAUCCCUACGACCCGCUGGCCGGACAGCGUGGUCGUGCAGGGUUCGAUCGUGAGGAAGAAGUUCCACUGUCCCAGAUGCAACAGCGGUUACACCAGACUCUCCGACAUGAAGACGCACUGCCAGUUUCAAUGCGGCAAGGAACCGCGGUACCAGUGCCCAUACUGCACGAAGAAGGCCAAGUUCUCGUCGAACAUGUACGUGCACGUGCGACGGAUGCACAAAGACAAGAAAUUGCAGAUCAUCGAUCUCUACAAGCAGCUAUCGAGAGUACGUUGCUGA